AUAACUUCCAUUUUCGAAAUGGCAAGAACAAAACAGACCGCUCGUAAAUCUACGGGAGGAAAAGCCCCCAGAAAACAGCUCGCCACUAAGGCCGCGAGAAAAAGCGCACCGGCGACCGGCGGCGUCAAGAAACCCCAUCGUUACAGGCCCGGAACCGUCGCUCUCCGAGAGAUCCGUCGUUAUCAGAAGAGCACCGAACUUUUGAUCCGCAAACUGCCCUUCCAACGUCUCGUCAGGGAGAUCGCCCAGGACUUCAAGACCGACUUGCGUUUCCAGAGUUCCGCCGUGAUGGCUCUCCAGGAAGCUAGCGAAGCUUACCUCGUCGGUCUCUUCGAAGAUACCAACUUGUGCGCCAUCCACGCCAAACGCGUCACCAUCAUGCCCAAAGACAUCCAGCUGGCGAGACGCAUUCGCGGAGAAAGAGCUUAA